GGAAACCCUGAGCUAAUUCGUACCUCACAACGACAACGAUACUGUGAUCCAGCAAUAGUCGACAAAGUCAUCGCACUCGACCAGGCAUGGAGAAAAGAACGUUUCCUUUUGGACGUCCUGAAUCGCCAAAAGAACGUGUUAAGCAAAGCUAUCGGAGAAAAAAUGAAGAAGAAAGAAAAUCAGGGAACCGAUGAAAAUGUUGACGAUUCAAUCGUUUCAAAAUUGGAGUCUCUAAAAGUGGAGGACCUCACCGCGCUCACGGUAGUCCAAAUCAAGAAGCUUCGUGUUCUGCUGGACGAAAAGAUGAAUGAAACGAAGGCUUCCAUGGAACAGUUAGAGGAGGAUCGGCAGCAGUCGCUGGUACAAAUUGGAAACAUUGUUCAUCAUAGCGUUCCUGUAUCGGACGAUGAAGCAAACAACAGGGUUGAGCGCACUCAUGGUGACAUAACAACUCGCAAGAAGUAUUCCCAUGUUGAUCUCGUGGUUAUGAUUGAUGGUUUCGAUGGCGAUCGUGGAACUACAGUUGCCGGUGGCCGAGGCUAUUUCUUGAAAGGACCACUUGUUUUUCUCGAACAGGCCAUUAUUCAGCUUGCUCUGCAAAAGCUAGGUGAGAAAGGGUUCACACCGCUCUACACGCCGUUUUUUCAUGCGUAA